UUUUCUGUGUUGGGUCACUACAUGACAUUCUAUCAAAAAUCUGGAUCCUGCUGCAACACUAUAGUAUACUAUAUGUGAAAUGUGUGGCAUAUUGAACAUUUUCAGUUAUUUGGUUGUUGAUGCUGUGCUAUUUCUUCCAGGUUUCUUCAGAAGAAGUAUCACAAAGAAUGCUGUAUAUAAAUGCAAGAGUGGAGGAAACUGUGAGAUGGACAUGUACAUGCGCAGGAAAUGCCAAGAGUGUCGACUCAGGAAGUGCAAAGAGAUGGGCAUGCUGGCAGAGUGCUUGUUAACCGAAAUCCAGUGCAAAUCCAAAAGGCUGAGGAAAAACACAAAGGCCUCAUCUGAUGAAAGUACAGGGGAUGAUGUUGGUGACUGUAGAGAUGCUAAACAAGUUGUAUCUACCACUAAACCCUCCAAGGAGAAUAUAGAACUGAGCCAAGACCAGCAGGCUUUAAUAAGUUAUAUAGUUGACGCUCACAACAAACAUCGCAUUCCUCAGGAUAUGGCAAGAAAACUGCUACAAGAGCAAUUUAACGCAGAAGAAAACUUCCUUCUACUGACUGAAAUGGCUACUAGUCAUGUUCAGGUGCUGGUUGAGUUCACAAAAAAUAUACCAGGUUUUCAAUCUCUGGAUCAUGAAGAUCAGAUCGCUUUAUUAAAAGGUUCUGCCGUAGAGGCAAUGUUUCUGCGGUCAGCCCAGGUCUUCUCCAAGAAGCUGCCCAACGGACACACAGAGGUACUAGAAGACAGGAUCAGAAGGAGUGGGAUAUCUGAAGAGUUUAUCACACCCAUGUUUAACUUCUAUAAAAGCAUUGGGGAGCUGCAGAUGAUGCAAGAGGAACAUGCUCUCCUCACUGCUAUCACAAUCCUCUCACCAGACAGACCAUAUGUAAAGGACCAGCAGGCAGUAGAGCGUCUGCAGGAGCCCAUGUUGGAGGUGCUGAGGAAGGUCUGUAAACUACAGCAUCCCCACGAACCCCAGCACUUUGCACGACUUCUCGGUCGUCUGACUGAGCUUCGCACCCUCAACCACCACCACGACGAAAUGCUGGAGUCAUGGCGCAUGAGCGACCACAAGUUCACCCCCCUCCUCUGUGAGAUCUGGGACGUUCAGUGACUUUGUGGAAGAGAAAAUGUACAAAAAAUGGGCAAAGUGAAGGAGAAAUGCCAGAGACUUUUACUAAGCUGCCAAAGAGAGGAGUUUACACACUUUUCAGAGAAGUGGGCUGUUAAAGUAUGUAAUGUAAACAUAAUAUAUUGUCAAACUUCACGUAAAACAGGAAAUAAGAAGAUUUUAAGACAUUAUCAGCUCUUCGAGAAAGGAUUGAUGUACACAUUUUGAUAUUGUAAUGCCUUUGUAAAUGUUUACCUGGCUUUUGCUACUUGGCACCUCUGUUUAAAAUCUGCUUUCCUUCAUCUGAGGAUUUUGUGGCUUUUUAAAAAAAUGUUAUGUCUGUUUGUGUUCUGUGUGAUUCAUCUAAUAUUUUAAGGUUCUCAAAAUCUGUACUGCCUUACCUGCGGUCUCUCUUUUCGAGAAUCAUGUAACCAUUCUUGUUUUGUGCCCAAAUAUAUGUGUU